GCCCUCCGGAUACAGCGCCGGGGCCGCUGCUAACCCUGACGGCCCCGCCCCUUCCACGCAAGCUGCAGGCCCCGCCCCCCCACGGCCGACCAACAGCCGUUCUAGGCGGAGCCACUUCCGCCAGCAAACCAGAAAAACCGGAAGUAGGCUCCAGUCCUCCCUUCUGGCGGCCGCUCCGGCCAAGAUGGCGGACAUCCACCGCCAGCUGCAAGAGUACCUGGCGCAGGGGAAAGCCGGCGGACUGGCGGCCGCGGAGCCGCUGCUCGCUGCGGAAAAGGCGGAGGAGCCCGCGGAGGGGGGCGGGCCGGCGGGGGCGUGGCUGGGCCGCGCGGGUCUGCGCUGGACGUGGGCGCGGAGCCCCGCGGAGCCAACGGCGGCGGCGAGCUCGACGUGCUUUCCCAGCGUGACGCGCACGCAGCGGCUGGCGGCGAGCGGCGUGUGCCUGCUGCUGGCCGCGCUCUGCUUCGGGCUGGCCGCGCUCUACGCGCCCGUGCUGCUGCUGCGCGCCCGCAAGUUCGCACUGCUCUGGUCCCUGGGCUCGGCGCUGGCGCUGGCGGGCGGCACGCUGCUGCGGGGCGGCGCGGCGUGCGAGCGCCUGCUGCGCGGCGAGGAGACGCCGUCGCGGCCGGCGCUGCUCUACGCGGCCGCACUGGGCGCUACGCUGUACGCGGCGCUCGGGCUGCGCAGUACGUUGCUCACGGCUCUGGGCGCCUGCGUGCAGGUGGCCGCGCUGCUGGCCGUGCUCUUCGGUCUUCUGCCCAGGGGUGCGGUCACCGCGCUCCGUCUAGCGCUCGGGCGCUUGGGCCCGGGUGCCGGCCUCGCCAAGGCGCUGCCGGUCUGAGAAGCCCAGAGCCCGUGCCGUCGGGCAAGGACGGACGGGGUUCCCGCACGGAGACGACGCGAAGCCCGGCCGCGGGACCCGCCGUCGGGAGACCACCGGGGGCCGGCCCCUGACGCGGCGCGGACGGAGCCGAGGACUGCGCCCGCCGCCUUCCACAUCGCGCCGGCGAGCGGCUGCUCCGUUGUUGUGCUGGCGAACCUGUCAACUUCUUCGAGCGGCUGUUCGGAAACUGGGACAUGAUCCGUUUCGGAAGCUCUUAGGUUUCGGCGUCUUCCGCACGACCGGGUAGCAUGUGCUAUGAAGUCGGGAUGUUGUGGUUGAUUAGGUGACGAUGCUGUAAAACACUCAUGGUAACUGGCUUUUGUGUUAACCAGGAUCUUGGAUUGAGCACAGUAAAAAAAAAAAUGUAUGGCUCUUCAGUUUUAAUUAGCUGCCCUUGUGACUUUUCUCAGACUUCUUUUGCUUGUUGUUUAAAAAAUCCAGUGGUAGAUUGUAGCAGUUUAGCUACAAUAUGCUGGUUUUCUUUGGCGCUUGAGGAUUUCCUUUCCCUCAUUCAAUGAGUGGAUUCUUAAGGGUAUCGAAUUAAACACUAAACUUAGCCACCAGGUUUUAUUUAAGUAGUUAAGGUUUACUUCGUUUUUUUGUUUUUAGUGAGAUUGUAAAUACGGUGCCUUACAAAAUUAAAGGAAGAUUGGUUUUGUAUUAGACAUGAAAGCGACGGACCAAAAAGUAAAUGUCUGCCCCCAAAAACAUGACUUGUCAAUGCUAUGAGGUCUCUGGGCAGAACUGGGUUGGGGACUCCUUCCAGACAAGAGACUUCUGCAUCCAAAGUUCUGUAUUUGACGGAAACCGUGGAUUUCUACAAGUCCUAAUUAUCAUUCCUAGUUUUAUUAUCUGCUUUUUUUAAAGUAUAAUUUAUAUUUUGUAGGCUGAUUUUAAUGCAGUGUAAGAUGCUUUUCAUGUCUGACAAGUUUCCUUUUAGGUUCAGCAUUUCUUCUUGUCUUUGAGUUUACUGCAUAUUCUAACGCAUUGCCAGAAAGUUCGGACUCCGUAUUCUGAGGAGUCCAGAAAACGUGUUUUGUUAGUAGCUCUGUAUUAACUAGAAAGUAAAAAAGUAUUUGGAAUUUUCAGAUUCUGGAUCAGUCGUUCUCAGUUCAGCCGGAAUGUGGGGAGCGGUGACGAGGCACCCAGGCACCAGGGAUUUUGCAGAGCUCCCCAGGUGACUCCCUGUUCCGCUGAGGUGAACCACUGUUCCCUGCACUGGAUUGCACGGUUUGAAAAGGAUCAGUUUCUGGGGCCCGAUUCCCCCGCGCCUCAACAGGUGUGUGGGCAGUAGUAGAGGGUUGCCUCAGUUCCGCCUCAGUAUUUAUAUUACUAGAGCCUAAUCAGUGUCCUAAGCCCUGGCCCGGCUUCAUGGGGGCUCCGCACCCCAGUAUUCUGUAAGAAUUGCUGCCUGGUUCCCCUUUCAGUAAACAGGGCUACUUACCUACCUCAAGAGGAACAAACGAGGGCGUUUGUAGUAAAAGCACAUGCACUAUUUCUAGAGAGAGAUUUCUUUUUGUAACUGGAAAAAACUGUGCCAUUGGCUGCUCCUUCCAUCCCCCGAUUAAAUCUCUGUUCUGAGGUCUCAGUUUCUCUAGAAUUUGCACGGCUGAAGAUUUGACAGUGUUUAGCCCACUUUUAUGUUGAUGCUGUUAUGUGGUUUUUUAAAAUUGUUUUUCCAGCAUUUUCUCAAGAAUUCAAACACUGAAAAUCUAGCGUUUAUAAAAUUCAAAGCACAAUGCCUUGUAUGUGAUGUUUUAAAAUUUCUUAAGUAUUCAAUAAACUACAGUGUAAAGAUUU